GGCCGCAGAGGCUGCAGCUGCUGGGGUGGCGUGAUCACCCAGCUCCGAGGUCCUCGGGGUGCGGAGGAUGCGUCAGCUGCAGCCCGAGUCGCGGUGCCCGGCCGCCGACCUCCCCGGCCCCCGCCGCGGCGGAGGCGCGCUGAGCGUGGCGCGGGCCGGGCGGAGCUAGAGGCGGGCGUCUGCAUCGCGUCGUGCCACUAGCAGCUCCCGCUUCAGCAGGGCCGGGGAUCCUGUCGCGGGCCGAUGCCCUGACCGCGGGCGCGGCUGCUGGGUUGGCGACGCGCGCUGCGUAGGGAGAGGCCCGCGGAGCCCCGGCGGCCGCCGUCUUCUCAGGCUCUGGACGCUGGUCUCUAGAGGCGCACGCCCGAGCGCUCUUGCCUCCUCCCCUUGCUCCACCUCGGCGUUCGGUCCUCCCCCACCCCUCCUUCCACCCACCCUGGAGGAUGCGCUCCCUCGCGCGGAGCUGCAGAGGCCACCGCUUCCAGAAAUGCGUGCGCCGGAUCCCCUUCUCCGGGACCCGAGGAGCAGGCACCCCCGCCCUGUAGGGUUAUGACUCAUUGAUUCAAAGGGACUUUUCCAAAUACUUUGCACUUUCAAUUGUGUAUUAUGGAUACCAAGGAAGAAAAGAAAGAACGGAAACAAAGUUAUUUUGCUCGGUUGAAAAAGAAAAAGCAAGCCAAACAAAAUGCAGAGACAGCCUCAGCUCUAGCUGCAAGGACACAAACUGGAGACGAAGAUACUAAUACACUCACUUUAGAACAAGAUAAAUGCAACAUUGCUGUGGAAGAGUAUAUUGCUGAUGAAAAAAAAAAGAGAAAAAAUAAUCAGUUAAAGGAGAUCAGGCGUACAGAACUAAAGAGAUAUUAUAGUGUUGAUGACAAUCAAAACAAAACACAUGAUAAAAAAGAGAAGAAGAUGCUGGUUCAAAAGCCCCAUGGUACCAUGGAAUACACUGCUGGAAGCCGGGAUACCCUCAACUCCAUAGCACUGAAGUUUAACAUCACUCCCAAUAAAUUAGUGGAACUGAAUAAACUUUUCACCCAUACUAUUGUUCCAGGCCAGGUCCUUUUCGUUCCAGAUGCCAACUUUCCUUCCAGUACCUUAAGGUUAUCAUCUUCCAGUCCUGGUGCUACCAUCUCUCCUUCAUCAUCAGAUGCAGAAUAUGACAAACUGCCUGAUGCUGAUUUAGCAAGAAAGGCCUUAAAACCCAUUGAAAGAGUCUUAUCGUCUACUUCUGAAGAAGAUGAGCCAGGCGUGGUAAAAUUCUUAAAAAUGAAUUGCCGCUACUUCACUGAUGGAAAGGGCGUGGUCGGAGGCGUCAUGAUUGUCACUCCUAACAACAUCAUGUUCGACCCUCACAAGUCUGAUCCCUUGGUCAUUGAAAAUGGGUGUGAGGAGUACGGGCUCAUCUGCCCCAUGGAGGAGGUGGUUUCCAUUGCCCUGUACAAUGACAUUUCCCACAUGAAGAUCAAAGAUGCCUUGCCAUCGCCUGGAGAAUGGGAAGACCUGGCUUCAGAAAAGGAUAUCAACCCAUUCAGUAAAUUCAAAUCUCUCAACAAGGAAAAACGGCAGCAGAAUGGGGAGAAAAUAGUCACCUCAGAUUCCAAAUCGACAAGAUCUUUGGAAAAGUCGGCAGAAUGCAGCACACCCACAAAGGGCUCAGAGAGCCCUCUGUCAGAAAAGUUAAAGAAGCAGGAGUCCUCUGUGGAGACCACCAGUGUACCCACCACGGUGGCUAAGGCCAGCAAGGAACUUUCUGACGCUCAGGGUGCACCGGACUCUAUAGCCAAAGAAAACUCCCUUUUAGGGGAAGAUGAUGGCUUUGUUGACUUGGAAGAACUUUCCUCUCAAACCAAUAGUGGAAUGGAUAAAAGAGAUGCCUCAAAAGAGUGCCUUUCUCUUGACCCAGAGAAGCUAAGGAAGGCUAAGUCCCAAAUAAUCAGUUCUAAUUCAGAAAUGCAAGUGCAGUCAGCUCUGAACUUUUCAGGAACAGAGAGUGAUGCUGAACUGAAGGGGGUCCUAGAUUUAGAAGCCUGUGAGAAACAAGAUAUAAUGCCCGAGAUGGACAAGCAGUCUGGUUCCCCAGAAAGCCAGGUAGAGAAUGCACUGAACAUACAGGAAGAUCUAGAUAAAGUCAAACUCAUUGAAUAUUACCUUAAUAAGAACAAAGAAGGGUCACAGUUAUCUGAGAACUUGCAGAAGGCAGAAAUAAGUGAUGGCAAAUGCCUUGAAUCAGUGGGAAUAGACAUCACACUUAGUAGUUCUCUUCCCCGGGCAGGAGAUCCCCCAAAUGAGGGCAAUAAAGAGCAAGGCAUAACCUGCAUGAAAGAGAGAGAGCCCCUUGCACUGCAACUUGCCUCUUCCACAGAAGAAAAUUUGAGGAAAGACUCCCUAGACUCCACUUUGGAUUCUGCUGUGGACAACAACUGCCAAAGCAUACAAAUGGAUGAUAAAUCAGAAAUUCAAUUAUGGCUUUUAAAGAGAAUUCAGGUACCCAUUGAAGAUAUACUUCCUUCAAAAGAGGAGAAAAGCAAGACUCCACCCAUGUUUCUGUGCAUUAAAGUGGGAAAACCCAUGCGAAAAUCCUUCGCCACUCACACGGCAGCCAUGGUGCAGCAGUAUAGCAGACGAAGAAAGCAGCCAGAGUACUGGUUUGCUGUCCCUCGGGAGAGGGUGGAUCAUUUGUACACGUUCUUUGUUCAAUGGUCUCCUGAUGUCUAUGGGAAAGAUGCCAAAGAGCAAGGCUUUGUGGUGGUGGAAAAGGAAGAACUGAAUAUGAUCGACAACUUCUUCAGUGAGCCGACCACUAAGAGCUGGGAGAUCAUCACAGUUGAGGAGGCAAAGCGUAGGAAGAGCACGUGCAGCUACUAUGAAGAUGACGAUGAGGAGGCCCUGCCGACCCUGCAGCCCCACAGUGCGCUUCUGGAGAACAUGCACAUAGAGCAGCUGGCACGGCGCCUUCCAGCAAGGGUACAAGGGUAUCCAUGGAGACUCGCAUAUAGCACAUUAGAGCACGGGACCAGCUUGAAAACCCUGUACCGGAAGUCAGCAUCUCUGGACAGCCCGGUCCUAUUGGUCAUCAAAGAUAUGGAUAAUCAGAUUUUUGGAGCAUAUGCAACGCAUCCUUUCAAGUUUAGUGACCACUAUUAUGGAACAGGCGAAACUUUUCUCUACACUUUUAGCCCUAAUUUCAAGGUCUUUAAGUGGAGUGGAGAAAACUCAUACUUUAUCAAUGGAGACAUAAGUUCCUUAGAACUUGGUGGCGGAGGGGGACGGUUUGGUUUGUGGCUGGAUGCUGAUUUAUACCAUGGACGAAGCAAUUCCUGCAGCACUUUCAAUAAUGAUAUUCUUUCCAAAAAGGAAGACUUCAUAGUUCAGGACCUUGAGGUAUGGACAUUCGAGUGAAAUUCAGACUGCCUUAAAAUAAAACAUGAAAAAUACUGGGUUCUACCAGCCUUUCUAAAACUGGCUGGAAGAUGAAACUUCAGCCCAGACGGCCUCAUCCCUUCAUCGAGCUUUCUGCCACCACCUCAGCGCAUGACCAUACUGCAGAGAGAUUCUGAAGGGCACAUGUGGAGGGCGGACACUGGAGGUUGAAGUCCAGAUUGUUGAAAACCUUAUACGCCACUUCCUUCAAAUCCAUUCAGUGAGGGGUCAGAGUAUUUAUAGAUGUAUUAGUUGAAUGCAAUUUUUAUUUUUGGUAACUGUGAAAAAAAGAUACUGUGGAAAUAUAUACAUGCCUUGUGUAUUUAUCAACAUAAUUUUCAUUACCAAAAUGUACAGUAUACUGUUGUUCGCCAUGGAAAGGUUAGUUUCAUUUAGAAAAAUCGAAGGUGCAUAGCACUUACAGGGAAUAAAUGAUUUUUUUUUUAAAAAAAGAUCUUAUUUAUUACUUCUAGUAUGUUGUCUGAAAUGUGUUGGCAGUUUUUUUUUCUUUUAAUGUGUCAAAUCUUGAAAUACAUGUACACAUGUGCUAUGUUUUGACAACAAAUCCAUUUGAUUUAUAUAAUUUUAUAUUGAAUUUUUUUUUGCCCUGAUUGUUUAGGGUAACAGGUCUUAAGUAGUAUAUCAAUCUAUCUAUAUAUGCAUAAUUCUGAAUUUUUAAAAAUUCAUUACCCAUGUUCAUUGAUUUGACUUUUGCUAGACUGGUUUCCCAAUGAGUCGUUAAAAAGAUACAUUUUUAGUUACUUAUUAGGGACAUCAUCCUGUAAAAAAGAACAAGCCAUUUCUCACUAUCUUAAGUUGGUAUUUACAAAAGCAAAUAUGUUUAUGAACGCAACUUAGGACAUAUCCUGCUUUUAAAAAAAUAUAUUUUGCUUCUUUUAAACUCAUGUAUGUUCAUAACAAAAACCUUAUAUUCAUGGUGUCAGUGCAUUUCCCCCAGUUUUUACAUUAGCAAACAGGCCUCUGUUUUAAAAGGAUCUGGGUGUUUUAAUUUCUACAUAUAUUAUAUCAAAUGAAAAACAUCAAGUUAUCUUGGUUCCUGACUCUACUAUUGGAGAAAAGCAAUGAAAAGAAAUGCAUUCAUACCAAAAUUUGGGGGGAAAUUUUUUUUAACAUCAACCCAUUUCCACAUCAUAAAACAUUUCUUAAAAAUAAUAAGAAAGUCUGUUAAAAAAUAACAAAUAUUACUGAUUGUCAGACUUUUAUGAAAGCCAAAGACUCAAUGGAAAAAAUUUUCAAACAAGAGCCAAAGCUAAGAAGUGUCUCUUAGUGAUCUGUGAAAGGAAAGCUUAAUACUAAGUAUUUGUAUACCUGCAUUAACAAUAAAAGUUCUUAUUUCCUUGAGAGUCUUCUUUUUCAAAAAUGACUCUAAGGAAGAACAAAUUUCCAAGUGACCUCCUAUCAGAAUCAAUGAUUAUUUUACUCCAUUCACAUUUCAUGCAAGUUUAAAUGAUGCUAAAAAUUGUAAAUCUGUAGCCUGGGUGUGCUUUCACCCAAGUUCACUUACUGAGAACUCUUGAUGAACAACAUACCUGCGGUUUUUGACCUUAAUCUGCUUGUUGAGUAAUGUGUUGUUGUGAGAUAUCAGGAAUGUCUCAUGGUGAUCAUGUUUACUAUUUAUAUCAUUUGCAACCAUAUGCAAUUAAUAAACAAAAUGGUCAUUUUGCAUAUAGUUCACUCUUACCUAGUUUAGUCCAUGAUGAUAUACUUGUGAGAGCAUAUCCCAAUGCUGUGUUCUCUAUUUAAAACAGUAUUGUCCUAUCAUAAAUGUGUGGCCCUUCAUUUAUGGAUACUAAAUAUAUGUAAUGCAGUGCUAUCCCAAUAUUUUCAAUAAAGGAAUUUAUGCACACGG